AUGAUUCCUCUUGCCAGCUUCCACGGCGCCGCUGUGCCCGUGACCGUGCGGCCGUGGAUGCCCAACUGGAUGGAGACGCAGACGGCGACGGAGGGCGGGGCGAACGCCACCGUGUAUUCAGGAACGGAUUACUUGGCCCUCAAGACGGUGGCUGAGACGCUCAACUUCACCGUCAGCCAAGUCGAGGCGAGAGACUUUGUGGAGGUCAGGGCGUGGUCGGAAGGCUUCUGCACUUUAGUGUCUUUAGUGUCUUUAGUGAUGUUUGAUUCAUAUCUCAAGCGUAUAUUGGAGCGAUAUGACUUCACCCGCUGGUAUACUUUCCUCCACCGCGUCUUCGCCAUGAGGACGCCCGCCCCCACCCCUCCCUGGGCGAGCCUGGUCACCCCGCUCUCGGGCGAGGUCUGGGCCGCCGUCGUCGUCGCCACGGGUCUCGUGGCCUUGGCUCUCAGACUCAUGCACUGCCUCGGAGGCGACUGGUAUCCCACCCUCGGCAACGGCCUCCUGCAGCUCUACAAGACCCUCCUGGGCCAAGACCUCGCUCAACGGCGCCUCACCGCCACGGCGACCCGACUCGUCAUCAACGCGUGGCUGGCAUUCUCCCUCAUCGUUGGUGUCGCCUACAGGACCAACCUCAUGGCCGCCCUCAUCCUUCGCUCGCAGCCUCCUCGCCCUGAGACCGUCGAGGAGCUCGUGCAAGCGGUGGAUAGGAUCAACAUCCCUCCCUACGGCAAGUAUUGGAAGGACUUUUACUUGUCGUCUCCCAGCAGCGUCUACAGGGCCGUCGGGGAACUCCUCUUCGUCGGGCCUUCCAUAGAGGAGGCGCUGGAGCUGGCGGCGAAGGAGAAGAAGCUUCCAUAUAAUGUGUAUAUCCACGCCGUCAUCUCCAACCGCAUGUUCCUGGACUACGCCAUCGCCUCGAACUUCAGCAGCGCCGCCAGCGGGCCGACGCUCUACACGGGCAAGGGCAGCGUGGACACGGUUCCCGCCGGCUGGAUCGUUCCCCAGGGGGCUCCGUACAAGCGGCAGCUGGAUCGCCUGCUCACGGCUUUCGUCGAGAAUGGCCUGUUCCUCAAGUGGCACAGAGACACGAUGGAGGAAGCGCGCGUGGAGAGCCUCCGGAGGCAGAAGGAGGAACGCGGAGCCGAGGAGACCGUCGGCCAAGGGGGCGGCGACCGGACCCUCACCCUCUACCACAUGCAAGGGCCUCUGUGUAUCCUGGGUCUGGGUCUUGGGCUGGCCGGUCUCGCGUUCCUGGCGGAGCUGGUCCUCGGUCAGUACAAAACUACGAAGGAAACCGUUAAAAAAUCGAUUACACCGAAAUACGAAACGGUGGUUCAUGUGAUACAGUCUUUAUCUUUUUCUGUGACGCCAGUGACGAAAUCGAUGACGUCAUCAGAUGGGCUCAGUGGCACAGAGUGGUUUCUGGAGGAGAAAAGUUGUAUAUCUUUUGAUUAUAGGAUUUUUGACACAAAUCACUCGUGCAAGACUGUCACAACCGCGAGUGCUCCUGAGGAGACUCUCGUUCACAUUUUUGACAAUUUGCCACUGGACUCCCACUCCAUACAAAGCUCGGCACUGCUCUUUAUCAAUUACAACUCUCCACUUUUAUUUGGUGAGAUAAAGUCUUCAAUCAAUGCGGAAGUCGGUAUUGGUUAUGUGAAAUUGGAAUGA